AUGGUUCUUGUGACGGUCUUGUUUUGGUGUCUGCCGGUAACGGGUGUGGUUUCCACACACGUACUCGUGCUUUUAAACCCGACUACUAGGGAAUUUGUGCAAUUGCCGGAACCUAAUUAUUAUCCAGAAACGAGUAAUGAGGAGUCUUUCGAGAGUACUUGCAGCAGGAAUGGAGUUGGUUAUGAUUCAGUUACGGAUGAUUAUAAGGUUAUCAGCCUUACUUACUUUCAUCAUGAUUUUCAUUAUCAUCAUGAUAUUGAUCAUGAAAAUAGUCGGACAACCACUUGUUAUGUUUAUAGCCUUAGAAGUAAUACUUGGGGGCAGCUCAACAUUGAUAGUCCUUAUUACUUUAAUAAUUCGCCUGCUGUUUAUGUUAAUGGGUUUCUUUAUUGGGUUGCUGAGAAGUCUGAUCAUGAUUCGUGGGCAAUUGUUGCUUUUAGUUUAGCAGACGAGUGUUUUAGUGAAGUCCCAUCACCUGGUUCAUGUAAUGAUAGAGAGAUCAUGCCUAAUCGGAAAUCCAAACUUUUUGUCCUUGAUGGAAUGCUUGCCAUAAUGAUGUAA